UAGGUGUAAAACAUCCGGGUACACCACCAGCUUUUGGCAGGAAGCGGGCAAGCUUUCUGACUUAAAGUCGUAUAUGCAAACCAGCGAGAGCUGGAUUCGAGCCGGCGACUUUGCUGGUCAUGGCUGAUUAACAGAACAAAACAGAACACCACAAUAUCUGGUCCUCUAGAAUAGAAUAAUCUCUCUCACUCGCCAUCUUGAAAGUCACAAAAGCGCCAUGCCCGCCUCUUGUUCAUUGAUGAUAUUACACCGAUUUUUUCAAAUCGAACACCAGUAUACAUCUGGACACCUUGAGAAGUGUUUAUUCUUACACGCCUGGGAUAAACGAGUGUUGCCGAGUUUGGCCGGAGAAUGUUAUUAAGUAAGGUUUGACGGCCUGGUAUGACCAGUGCCCAGUUCGUUCAGGACUGAUUAACGCUUAUCCUAGGCGUGUUUGUUACCAAGGAUGAUCACCAGGCAACGUUUCAAUAUGCCAACGACUGAGGUGAGAAAUUCGGCCGGAGACUCUAUACAGCUCCAUGAAUACAACGGAAAAUAUUAUCCUUUACUACCGCACAUUGAGGGGACAUUACCUCAAUUACCCGACCUCCCCUGCAGAGAUGAUGACGUCAUGAUUUUGACGUAUCCAAAAGCCGGUACCCACUGGACCUGGGAGAUUGUCAACAUGCUGUACGCGGGAGACGGUCAAAUCUCUUCACGUCGUAAAGGAGAAAGUAUGAUGGAAGCGGUGACUGUGGAAUCGCUGGCCGCCCUACCGUCUGUCCGUCUGCUUAACACACAUCUCCCGCCAGAGUUUUACCCCAAAGAUCUCAUCAAGAGGAAAUGUAAAGUGAUUUUCGUCCAGAGAAACCCCAAAGAUGUCUACGUUUCAUUCUUUCAUCACACCAAAAAAUUCAAGCCGUACGACUUUAAAGGAGACUGGAAUAGUUACUUUUUGAUGGCAGUGGAAGGGAAAGUUGAUUACGGGACGUGGUUUGACUUCACAAAACAAUACGAGCAGUUCUUCUCCGGGCAUCCUGAUAUACCUGUUUUGAGGCUGUAUUUUGAGGACAUGAAACAGGAUCUUCCGACGGAAGUAGAAAAAAUCUGCAACUUUUUGGGUUUGUCAUGUGAACCGAGCUACAGAGAUAAAGUGGUGGAGAAAUGUGGAUUUCAAUUUAUGAAGAAUGAAAAAAAAAUACCAGAAAGCUUCAUGAAUACUAUGGUGAACGGGAAAGAAGACCCUAUCUUCAGGAAGGGGAUUAUUGGCGACUGGAAGUCCCACUUUACUGUGGCUCAAAACGAGAGGUUUGAUCAAGAGUACAAACAACAGAUGAAGGGGUUUUCUUUUCCGUUUGAACAGUAUAUGUGAUAUUUCAUUAUGAAAAUCAUUGCUAUUCACGGAUAAAUGAACAAUAAAUAAUGUUUCUUACAAGAAAAAACUUUCUUAUCCAUGUAACCUCCAUGUCUUUGGACUGUUCACCUUUUAUGUACAUAUGCUUAUGUGUAUAUGGAUUUUUCGGCGUGCCAGUAGGUUAUAAGCCAAACUAUUGCUGACUUAAGUUUGGUUAAAGAUAUUAAGCACAGUGUAGUCUGCUUUAUUUGACACAUCAGCCGAAACUCUAUGGAUUAAGUAUGAUUUCAACGAGGAAGGUAUCAUCUAUACGGUUCACAAGACUAUAUAACGAUUAAGUAUGAUUUAAACGAGGACAAUAUUAACUACGGCUCACAGACUAAGGAUUAAGCAUGAUUUCGGUGAGGUACGUUAGAUCUAGACUGUAGUUCUGUGAAUUAAGUACGGUUGCGUGGAGGCAUAGCAGUCCUAGUUUUAGAGAUUAAGUAGGAUUUUGAUAUUGGCAUAUUUAUAUCAGCCACAGGUCUUAGGCUAAGGAUUAAGUAUGAUUUCAGCUUCGCACAUGUACGGGUUAAGUACCACGAGGCAUAUCAGCUGUGCAAUCAAGCAAGCUACAGUAAUCGGUGUCUUAAUCUGUCGUAACAGCUAUGGGUUGUCUAGCAAAGCCAAGGCCUUCGCUGGAAUGUCGAUUACAGAUUAAGUAUAAAUGGACUAUUUAUAAAUUACUUUAGUUUGUCUCUCAUUAAAUUGAAUGUGGCCUUUGCAAAUGUGUUUUCAAUGAGACCCGACAUUGGCGGGAUACAACCCAAGUAGUGUUAAACCUCAAACAAAAAGCAUCGCUUUUAUUAGGUUUUUAUUACACCUUUAGGAAAGUACGUUAGUUGUAUGCCAAAAGUCUGUGCUUUUAAGUAUUAAAAUGACAAAAAAAGGAAAGUGAAAAAAGAAGGCCAUGCAAUUAAUUUGAUUUUGAUCUACAUGGAAUGUCAUGCAGCAGAAAUCUAGAUAAAAGAAAAGACAAGACAAGGCCAAAUGUACAUAUGCUUCGAUAAAGAAUCCCACAGGAAGGUUACAAAGCAUAACUUUCUCUUUUUGCAAUGUUGCACAUCUGAGAUAUCGCAGUUCAACCCAAACAAAAUCGCGCAGAUCUAGACAAUAGAAAGCGCUGCCAUGUUAUCAAUUUUAACCAAUCAGGUGCGAGUUCUUUUUACAACCCGAUGACGUAUCUUAUGUCUACCGAUCCCUGAGUGCCUUUAAACCAAGUGUGCGUAUUGUACGAAUGACAAGACAUCGUAUUUCUGAUCACAAAUAAAUGAUUUGUGGAGUUGCCAACCACGGCUGUUUAGGUCUGCUUCCAUCCUUCUUCCUAAAUAAAU